AAAAACAGGAGAGCACAUUUAAGAAGUUGCUUGGAAAAAUUAAAGGACAUGGUACCCCUAGGCCCCGAAGCGUCACGACACACAACAUUAGGAUUAUUAACGAAAGCCAAAAGAUUUAUAAAGAGUUUGGAAGAACGAGAGAAGAGGCACGUCAGUCACAAGGAGCAGUUAGCUCGGGAACAGCGUUACCUACAGCGGCGGUUAAACCAGCUGAGCGACGCGCCGAGAGACUCAAGACUAUCGGAGAGUUCAAUGACCCACACGCACACAACGAGAGCUGACUCGCUUUCGUCGCUAGAGUCAUCGUCGUCGGGUGUUUCGACGGCGGAACGGUCGCCUUCGUCAGUCUCUGAAAGUGAUGAGGUUGACGUGAUCGGCUACACGUCGAACCAGAGCGAUAGCGAGUCUUUGGUGUCAGGCCACAGCGGGGACAGCGGGGUGGGCGGGGGGGCGCGGCGACGACCCCGCACCCCGCUCAAGACGCGGCCCGGCAACGUGCCGCGGACACGGCGUGCCGCACGACUCACGAAGGUCGUCUAGGUGGGCGGUGCGCGGCGCGGGGCGAGCUGGGGCCCACAUCGGCUCCCGGCUGACGUUGUAACUUCAUGACGCAAACGUAGGACAUUUUGUUGAUACAUGUACUAAGGCGAAUGUUGUUUAUUGUGACUGAAUCGAGGCCGGCGACGCGACGUCCACGCGACAGUGACUCGACGGCGACACCCACGCCCGCGCCGCACACACCCACGCCACACACACACCACUCGUACACGUGAACACACUACACACCUCUGCGAACCAUCACUAAGUACAAAAUUGCCAAAAAUUUAUAUUCAAAGUUUAUUUUUCACAUUUCAGACAAAUUUGUAUUUUUUUUUCUUAUUUCUUUCUAUUUAAUUGUACCGAGCCUGGCUCGUUUGGAUGAGUUGCAAUAUUGUGUAGUCUAGUGGCGCGAUGUGUAUUCCAUUACCGAUCUUACAUCGACGGCACAUUAUUCCACUGUGUUGAAAACACGCAAUGUGUGCAAAUCUUUAUCUACCUACAUAAUGUCACUAUAAUUUUAAUAUUUUUUAUCACACUAUAAUUUUACUAUGUAUGCCUCGGGGGGCGAUCUUCGCAUUUCUUAACAACUUGUGCAAACUUAUGCCCCCAGAACGCCCUCAUUUUCAAAUGACAUGUUAUUUUUGUAUUUAUUAUUAAAUUUUUCUAUUGGACAUUUUCGAAUAUAAAUUUUGACGGUCUUAGAAGAAUCGUUUUCGAAAAAACUCUCUAGGUACUUAUUGUUAUUGAUUUCCACAAAAAAAAACAAGUUGCUAUUAUAGUGUAUGUUGUAUAGAUAUAUCAAUUUUAUAUUUUGUAUAUAAUUAUUUUUCUUGUAAAAAUUAAUCAAAUAGAAUUAGAUCUGUGAAUGUUGCGCCGAUUUGGAGUAAAGUUUUUUAUGAUUGGGUCUAACACAUACAAAGGGAACCCACCACCAAAAAUAUAUUGUUUUUUAAUUAUUAAAUGAAUUUUAACGAUGAUUUCCAUUUUAACUCAGGUACUAACAAAUUGGCUAUGAGAAUUAGUUUAUAAUUGAUCGACAUGAGCGUGACCUGGCUGUGGCAAUAUCAAAUGUAAUCUUUGUAAUUUAUUUUGUUGAAUUAAAAUUUUAUGUUGGCAACAAAUGUUCGCGAACCGAAGUAUACAAAUUUUCUUUAUGGAUGACAUGCUCUGAAGGCCCAGGUGGUUGAGAUCGUCGUUUAAAUCACGCAGAUCGCCGCAUAUUACGCCAUAUUUCUCGUCUCACGUCAGACGCACGUGCGAUCCGCGUGAUGCAUCCGCUCGACCGCGCGGGCACGCGUACGUGUUGAUCACCCCUUACGUUCACUCAUGUACUUCUUAUAUUUUAAUGAAAUACGCGGUAGUUGUAGACAAUACGAUAUUACGUUUUAUGUUAUUUUUGACUCUAUCACUUUAAGUAUACAGUCCAAAAUCUCAUAACACCCAACUGCUCGUAAUACAUCACCCACUAACCAUCGUAUUGUUAAGUAUUAAUAAUGAAUUAUAAUUAAUGAUCUCACUUCAUUGUCACACGAUAUCGGCUGAGUAAAUGUGUCAUACACCUACUUACUGAUACUGGAACUUUAUCGAACAGUGAAAUAAUUCAGGGGCUAUGUGCCCGUAAGGUCUAUAAACCUUUCCCAAUAUUCUAUAGUUAAAUGUUGCACUAAACCAUAUUUUAUCACUUGACUUGUACAGAACACAAAUGUUUAUGAUAUUUUAUUUAGUUGACUAUCGCGCAUCCCUCACAUACGCCGUCACCGGUCAGCCGUGAUGACACAGUUAUUUGGUUGCGAUUCUAAUUUAUGUGGACAUUCAUGUACCAAAAAAAAGUAAUAUAUUAUACACGACUAGAGCUGGACAAUACAGUGUGUUACAAAAUUUGCACAGAUAACAUCUCGAUGAGUACACAUAUAUUUUUGUUAUGACUAUAUCUUGUAAUAAAUUGUUGAUUCAUUUCUGAAAUGAACGACUGAACUUUCAUUGUAUUAUAUUAAUUUUCAGUAAAUAUGCAUUGGCAUUCGGUGGGGCUCGCUCGAGUCAAUCUCAUAACUUCCUGUGCCCGACUGAAUGACUUACGUUUAUCUAAAUAUAAUUUGCAUAAAAUAUGAUUGUAAAUUGUUUUAGGUAUGGAUGUUUAUAAUAAGGAUAGUUGUAAACGUAUUAUCAUUUGUAAGUAUAAUGUUUGUUUUAAUGACAGUUUGAUCUCUUAUGGUAAUGUAUGCGACGGCGGGGCCAGCGCCGCUUACCGUGGCGGUACUCAUGUUGAUACAGUUAUAAGUAUGUUUACUACAUCACAUUGUUGAAUGUCUAAGUGUUACAUUGUUAAGAUAUCUCUCGACUGUCGACUGACUGACUCUGUUGUAUUGAACGAUUCCAUCCAUCCGUUAGUUCAAAUAUUGAGCGUAAUGUUAGGUCCCCCGAGUCGGCCACGGUAAGCGACCGUGGAGCAUCGCCGACGUCUCCUCAGCUAUCGACGCUCACACUUGCAGUCUCUGUCAGAAUAUUUAUAUCAACUAAAAUAUAUUUAUCAUUCGGUUAUUAUUUAUGUAUCACAAAAAUUUAAUUUAUUGUUAGAACAGUGCUUUGUCGUUUAAAUCGUACCAGUGUUUCGCUUCGAUCAAGUGUCGCCGUGUCCCGGUCGCGGCUGCCGUCCCGCGGACAGUCUGGGUGCGAGCGGCGACGGGACGCUUUAAGAGUACAAAUUCUGUAUAAGCCCCUCAACUUGUGUGUUAAUCUAAAUGUUAAUUUUAAAACACGAAACAGGGAGAAGGUAUCGUCAGAAUAGAAUAGUUAGCGCGGGCGACGUCAGCCCAGGGAACCACUCGGCUCUGCCUUCGGUGUUGUCUCUUCGUUAUUUCGUAUGUCUGUAUCCUAUGGCUACAGUGCGUUUAGUUGCGUCUCUUCCUUCGGUCGUAGAGUCCGCUGUAACGAUAGGGUAUUGCAAUGUUCGCGCACUGUACGCGCCCACUUUAGAUAAGAAAUGUGUUAUUAGAAAUGAAUUGCAAUAAUGUGAAGCUCGCGCGCCGGCUGGCCUCCGCCGCCCUUUACUCAACUUAGUCGCUGUAAAAAUUAGUCCGGCGUUGUAAAAAAAUAUCAGUGCAUUUGUAAAUAUUGGAGCCAAAAUUUUUAUACAAAUUAUUUCAUAAAUAUAUUCUUGGAGCAAGUUGUGCGCGGAGGCGAGUCGGCCGGCUUGUGUCGCGAGCUGGCACACUGUCGGGUUGUAGAGGCAAACAUUAGGUACCAUUGUGACUAUGCUGAUGUGACAUGGCAGCAUUAUUCAAUGUAAUUGACGAAACGUGGCACAUAUAAUUUACUAUAUGUAAAAAGUUAUAGAAAUAAUUAAUUUAAUAAAAUUAUAAAUAAAA